UCCUCUUUGGUUCUGUGGAAUUGUACGCAAGUAGUCCUAUUAUUUAUAAAAUUAAAGUAUUUUAAAAUUAUUAUGUAUUCGUUGCAUUUUGUGAGUUUUAGAUAAUAUCAAUUAAAUUUGAUAACUAUGGUAAUAUUGUAUUAAAUUCGUUUUGUUGUUUGCCGCUUGAUUUAUGAGUUGUGUAGAAGUUAUCAAAGUGAAUGUUGCAAUUUUACUUCAAAUUAUUUAGUUUUCAAACAACACUGAAUACUUCACACCGUCAAAUAUGUUUAGAAGGCUUUAUAAUAUGUUUAACAAAUUCUUAUUAACAUAAGUCUUUAAGAAAUUCAAAUAGAUGAAAUGCUUGUCAUUAAAUUAUUUUCCAUAAUCUUGUUAACUUGAAGAUGUCUGACGACCAACAGUCACCUACAGAAAUUAUUCAGGGUAUUGGGGAUGUGAAGUUAAAACAAGAUGAAGGUGAUAUGGAUGAUGAUAUUUCCGCAAAGAUGACAGCAUCAUAUAGUGAAAUAUCAUUUCACUCAGAUAAUGGACAAUCCGAUGAUAUUGUUAAGCCUGGUCCAUCAAGACCUUACAACUUACCCUCGGAAAAUCGUAAACAAGAUAAAAUGCCAUUAGACAUAGAUGGUCAUGUCCGAUAUGAGGGUGAUAUGACUCACUACGUGGCUGACAACUUAGAAUUUAAGAUUAAGCUUUCAAGUCCAGUUACAAAGAAAGGAGAAACUCCAGUUUUCGGCAGCUCAAGUGCUUCAAGAUCAAGCACACCAUCUGGAAAAUUGUAUAGACAAAUAUUGGCACCACAGAUAGGACAAAUUGAUAUUACAGUUUUAAAUGACUUAGAACAUGAAGCCCAAAAGAUAGCUCAAUCUGUUGAUAACCUAAUAGAGAAUCUUUCAAGUAUUUUGCACUCAAAUUCCUCACUCACUGCAGAAAAUAUGGAUGUAUAUAAAGAUGCAGUUGGUAAAACAUGUGACGCAAUGGAUAAUAAUAUAAAAAGUAUGUACACAAUCCUAGCUAAAGGUGAGGAAGUAUCGCAGUCUAUGGUACCUGUAGAAGCACAGGCUGCUCGGAUAGCAGAAAUAAAGAGAUUGUUACUAAUGUUUGAAAGUAAUUUUUAACAUGUGAUAGAAAUAGAGUAAUUUGUUGUUAUUUUUUCUCCUGUUAGUUUAUAUAUAUUUAACAUUAACUUGUAUUAUAAUUUAUUCAUGUGGGAUUUGAACGACCCAACACUGACCAAAGCUAAACAUCCCAAUUUGCACAUGAUCCAUUUUAAGCUUUUAGGGUAAAUGUUGUUAUGGAAUUCAAGGAAGCCUUUCAACACCAAAAGAGUUGGAGUUUUAUGAAAUAAUGGGAAUCUAAUGAGAAAAGUAUUUAUUGUAAAAAUAUGAACCUUAUUUAUCUAGCCAUAAUUCCAGCAAUAUGAAAAUAAAGUUUACAUGGUAUA